ACUACCAUUUAUGUCAGAACCGGUGUGAUACCGGUACCCAUCCCUAAUCAUUAUUGGCCUUUAACUGGAGUGCAACAUUUAGUAUCACCUAAUUGAUACUUUAUUGCGAUGGAUUGAGACAAACCCUUGAAUGGGACCGAUAUUACCCGCUGUCUCCUCAGAGUAUAGAGGAUAAAUACUGAACUAAUGCUGGUUGAAAUUGAACCAAAAGCACGUUUCCUCUUCCAGGCACUCAGAGAGGGGAAACGCUGUGUAACCGCCCACUGGCUCAACACUGUGCUGAAGAAGAAGAGGAUGGUUCCUCCUCACCGGACGUUACAUGUGCCAUUUGCCUUCCCUCCUGGAGCCAAACCCUGUUCUCAGCAUAUCAUAUCAGUGACGGGUUUUAUGGAUGCUGACAGAGAUGAUCUAAAACUGAUGGCCUACCUGGCUGGUGCCAGAUACACCGGAUAUCUUUGUCGCAGUAACACUGUCCUCAUUUGCAAAGAACCCAGUGGGCUUAAAUAUGAGAAGGCCAAGGAGUGGAAGAUCCCUUGUGUGAAUGCCCAGUGGCUGUGUGAUAUACUGCUGGGCAACUUUGAAGCACUGAGACAAAUCCAGCACAGCCGAUACUCCAUCUACACACAUCCUGAACCACUGGUGCCUAACCCACAGCUGGUCCAGAACCUGCUUGCCGCUUGGAGAACACCAAUCAAAGUCUCUUCUGAAGCUUUGGCGAGCCUCCAGCUGCUGCAGAAGCAGAAGAUGAGCGACUCAGCAAACCCACCUGCAAACAAGAAGGCCAGACUGGAAGAGAUCCAGUCCCCGAGUAAGAAGCUUCCUCCAGAGUCCACUCCUCGGGUCAUGUUCACAGGCUUUGAGCCUAUGCAAGUACAGCAGUACACCAAGAGGUUACAUGCUUUAGGUGGUGAGCUUGCAGACAGCAGUCAGAAAGUCACUCACCUUGUGGCCAGUAAGGUGACUCGCACCGUCAAGUUCCUCACUGCCAUGUCGGUGGUCAAACACAUAGUCACCCCAGAGUGGCUGGAGGAAAGCUGGAGGAGUCAGAAGUUUGUGGACGAGCAGAGUUGCACUCUGAGGGACGCAGAAGCGGAGGUGUUGUUUGGCUUCAGCCUGGAGGAGUCGCUAAAGAGAGCCCAAAGUGCACCUCUCUUUAAGGUCCUCUGACAACAUAACUGCUGUGUUCAACCAAAAACCGUCUUUUUCUUGAUGCCAGUUAAAGAAUUCAGAAGUAGGGCUGUGCCAUGUGACCAAAAUCAUAUCCUGAUAACAAUAUAUGUUCUGGGAACCCGACUUGUGUGAAGUAUUUUCAGCUGGGCGUCCUGUACCUGGAGUCAAGUGUUUUGACCGAUGCAUGAAACUAUAUUUUUAGAUAUAAGUUGUAACGGCCG